AUGCCUGUCAUACAAUCCGCUCUCGCAGACACUCGCUGUGCCUACCUCAGUAUGAAUGGGGUCUUGAAGGAGCUUAAUGCAAUACUCGGCACAUCAUAUACUCUCAACCACCCCGUCUUGCCCUCCGUUCUUGAAUCUUUCAUCAGACAAGAUUAUGACUUUGGCACUCUCUAUGCUCAUGAUCGGGAAAGACGAGAAUAUUUGGUGAUGAAAAGCAAAUUCCCCGACUCGAGAAAGGCUUACCCUCGACGAGUCUGGGAUCUCUAUGCUAAUCGGGUGUUACCAUGCUGGGUUCCCUUGGACAUGUGUCCAUCACCAAUAUCACAUGCAUGGGUGUCUGAUGACGAGUGCAUUGAGGUGUGGACUCCCAUCAAUGGUUAUGAAUGGCCUGUGCCGAUUCCCAAAGAUACGGACCUCAAUCUUGUCCGGAUUGAGUUGUUGAACCUUGGAAUGGAAUAUGUUUGGUUAGAUGUUUUGUGUUUGAGGCAAAAAGGUGGGCAGAGGGAGGAUUUGCACAGAGAAGAGUGGAAGAUCGACGUGCCUACCAUCGGAGCUGUCUAUCUCUGUACAAGGGUGGUGUAUUACCUCAACGGGCUGGGCCGACCUUUUUUCCUGAAGUCAGGAGACUUGAAAAGUGAUCGGUCUUGGUUCAGGCGUGCAUGGAUGCUGCAGGAGGCCAGCAAUAUGUAUAUCAUUGCUGGGGAGAGCGACGUUCACCAGAUGGAUGCAAAAAUGCAAAGGAUAGUCGACAGACGCCUAAAAUCGUUGCAGGAUUUGAUGUUUAAGAGUGUGUUUUUGAUCCUGCAGAACAUGCAGAAUCGGGUAUCGACAAAUCCUUGGGAUAGAGUCACAGGCCUGGCAUAUCCUCUCUGCCAGAAGUUUAUCCUGAUAUACAAUGAAGACGAGUCUGAAGAGGAUGCCUGGGGAUCACUAGUGGAUGCCAUGCGUAUGGAACACCACGCGGGUUUGCUUUUUAUAUACCCUGAACCUGGGAAUGGACGUAAAUGUUGGAGGCCAUCAUGGGAUCAGAUAAUGAAAAUGUGA